GCUGACCACUGCUCGGCCAGAAAUGUCAGCCUCGUUGAUGCCAAUGCCUGUCAGCCUCUCGGCUUGGAACAUAAAAUUCGGACAGCCUAGACAUUUCUACCCACCCCAAUCUUGUCUUCAACGGUCACCUACGAGCUCCACUAUUAUAAUCUUUCACCCUCGUUUUCAUCAAACCAUGCGUGUAUUCAUUCUUGCCACUGCCCUCGCCACGGCCACCAUCCACACCGUCCAUGCCAUGCCUAACUCCAACCUCGCGGUACGCAGUGCCUUCCCAGAUGCCGCAGGCAUCCCCUACGUAUCACAUCCUUCCCACCAACACAACAGACUAUACCAAGGAAAGAAGGUUGGCGAGGGUGAACAACGGAUGGUUCUUAAUCAUGCUGCGCCAGGGUCCGAUCAUCUAGCCGAGUCGCAUGAAAAACAAAAGUCGUCGAUCGUUAGAAGGGAGAAGAAGAGCGGGCGAGGAGUGUUCAUGGAGCGGACGAUCAAGAACGCAGACUACGGUUCCGGAAGUGCCCCUGCAGGGGAAGCUGUGGCACACUCUCAACCUGACCCUGCUCCCAGCCCGACCAACACGCCCGCAGCCGCUCCCGGUCCUGCAAGAAUUUCUGAUGACGCAGGACCUCCUCAAGCUGCCUACGCCUGACACGUUUCGAAGAAUGUUUCAGUGGAGCGGUCAGAAGCUUCAAGCGCAGAAGGGGAACUCGGAGGAUCUGGUGAAAUGUGUCAUUGGGCUGUAUCAUCGAAUAUCACUGCAUUGUCUAGCCGGAUAAUAUAUUGAAUGACCAAAUCUAUUGUGUCUGCCACUUGCCAUCCGCCACGAGUAUGACUACUGCCACGAGUGCUAGUGAAUGAAGUUCAAUGAACGCAGCUUGAAACCGAUGCCAUGCACAGCCACAUCGUAUUAUUCAGCAAGGUUUGGGUGUUCAUA